UCCGCCCCUUUUAUUCCCUAACUUCGCUCUGCUCGACUUUCUGUUUAGCUGUGAUUUGAUUGCUUGGUCCCUGCUCAGCUAUGCGGUUCUAUUUGGACACACCUCGCCCUGCGAUACUGCAGCCUUUACCGUUCAUCUUCUUCGCCAACUGACGCUGCCAUCCUCGUUUAGUUGCGUUACUGUCGCUCUCUAAGCUGGAAGAUGUCUGCUGGUAUUCCUGCUCUACGGCCACUUUAGGAAGCAGUCCCCUUCCCACGGACGCUUAGCCUGAUCGGGAGGAAGACUGGCGCUGUGGUCCCGCUUUGGCUGUUUAUUUUCAGAGGAGUUUGGGCCCCGUCUUUUAAACUGGGGGCUGCACCGCCGUGCUCUGGGUGGUUUAUGUGAAGUUAAAGAGGAUGUUUGUGUUGCCAGGCCAAGCUGUUGACGGGCAGGCGAUGCCCUCUGGCUAGCGGCGCUAACGUAUCUGGAGGAGCUAGGCUGCAGACAGAUAUAACUUAGCAUACAAGUGGGGCAUGUAAGUGAGCAAAACAAUAUCUAGAUUCUAUCCGACGUUUUUACCUGGAGUAAAUAUAAAUAUAUUUUAUCAUAAUAUGAAACAGAAGCUAGCUUGGUAAAUUUUCCACUCAAUUUGUUUUGCACGCGACGUCAAGCUAGCUAACAGCUUUUGUCAGUAAAACAACAAAUGUUCACUCCUUAUUCUCUGAGACUAAAGCUACUGUUUACUAUUGAUACAUUCCUGUUCAAGGUAUUUUUUUUUACCUACUACUAUUCAUUUUGCUGAAUUAAUUAAUAAUAAUAAUCUUAGCCACAUGAGAAGGUCAAGCAUUACAAUUAACUAAUUGUUACAUAAAAGGACGUGUUUACUUCUGUUGCUCCUUAUAAAAAUAAUAUAAAAACCCUCGGAAUUUGGACCCUGCUAAAAACAAACAAACAAAAAAAAUAAAUAAAUCACGCCAAAAAGACAACAGCUCAACCUGUCGACCAUGGAGGGAAAUGUACAGCAACAUAAAAUUACUCCUUUAGGCCGGGAACUGCAGAGAACGUUUAACAGCUACAACAAGCACUCCAUACAGCUGAAGAAAAACUUGAAGGAGACCAAUGUGUUCUUCAGAGAAAUAAGGCAAAACUACAGCAAUGCAUGUGCAGCAACCAUAAGCUCAGAUUCAGCAUUCUUGGAAGCAGGCCAGCUUAGCUGCAUCUCUUUCCCAAGUCAUGAGGAAGAGUUCCUGCGCAACACGGUGGGAGCUGCGCCGUACAUCCUGGUGCUCGGCCAGGACUGCGCCGCCCGCUACCAGCUGCUCAACUGCCUGCUGGGGGAACGGCUGCUGCCUCUGGGUGCAGAGGCCGGAGAGGCCUGCAGCGGCGUCCACGGCAUUGUCUGCAAGCGUAGGAAGCUGUGUUUUACUCACGGCAGACAGACGCGGCUCAGCUUGGCGCUGCCCGGCCAAUACGAGCUGGUCCACCAGUUGGCUGCAAACCGUGGUCGCUGGGAUACGGUUCCCAGGGAGGACCUGGAAAUCCACGAGGAGUGUGAGGACCCAGCCCACAGACUAGCAGAGCUGGAAAUCACCCUGCAUCACCCUCUGCUUCAGGAAACAAAGGUCAUGGUGGUCCCCUGUCCGAGCGUCCAGCCCAUAGAAGAGGCCCUGGAAGACUGCACUCGCAACGUCGUACCUGUCAUCCUCUAUGCCAUCAACCAGGACUCUCUCAGCUCGGAGCAGGUGGCCGAGCUGCGGAAGAUCAAAGAGCUGCUCUUGUUUCCCAUUUGUUUUCUCCGCAUCCCUGAUUCCACACUAACGGCCUCCCCAGAAUCCAGCUGCCGGGCGGAGAAGGAGAGGGAGAAAAGCGUCCUCCACAAGCAGCUGCUCUCGCUCGGCUUCCUGAACACUCAGACCGGACACUGUUCCUGUGGAGCCCCUACGCAGACUUCCGCCCCGGGGGCUAAGCCCCAAAGCAUGCUGGUAGAAUCUUUUGAAAGGCUGCAUCGGCUGCUGGUGCCGUUCGCUCGCCAAGUUCUCCAGAACCAACAAGUAGAAGCAGCCAACCUGCUUAAUGGGCUUCACUGUCGAUGUCUUGACCUUUUCAUCAACCAGGCCUUCGACAUGCAGAGGGACCUGCAAAUAACUCCCCGCAGGCUGGAGUACACUCGUGAGAAAGAGGGUGAACUCUUCAACUCCCUGAUGGCCAUCGCAAAUCGAAAGCAGGAGGAGAUGAAGGAGAUGAUCGUGGAGACCCUCAGCAGCAUGAAGGAGCAGUUGCUGGAGGAUGCAGCCAAUCUGGAGUUUACAGAUAUCAUUGUAACGACCAAUGGAGAGCCUGUUACGUCAAAGGAAAUAAAGUCCUGCAUCCACUUGAUCCAGGAGCUGAUAGUGCUGCGUUUGAAUCAGGCGGUGGCCAAUAAGCUGAUCAGCUCUGUGGACUAUCUGAGGGAGAGCUUUGUGGGAACUCUGGAGCGAUGCCUCGAAAGUCUGGAGAAGUCCAAUUUUGAUUCCUCUGCACACAAUGUUACGUCUGAGCAUCUAAAACAGUUACUUAAUGCUGCCUAUCAUGUGGAGGUCACCUUUCAUUCAGGAUCCUCUGUGACUAAACUGGUCUGGGAGCAAAUCAAACAGAUAAUCCACCGGAUAACGUUGGUGAACCCUCCUGCCAUCACACCAGAGUGGAAGCGGAAAGUCGCCCAGGAUGCGAUAGAAAGUCUGAGCGCUGCCAAACUGGCCCGGAGCAUCUGCUCCCAGUUCAGAACCCGGCUGAACAGUUCCCACGAGGCCUUCGCAGCGUCUUUACGCCAGCUGGAAGAAGGUCACACGGGCCGUCUGGAGCGCACUGAGGACCUGUGGCUGCGCGUGAGGAAGGACCACGCCCCGCGGCUGGCCCGGCUGUCGUUGGAGAGCCGCUCCCUCAGGGACGUGCUGCUGCAUGGCAAGCCUAAGCUUGGCCGGGAACUGGGCCGAGGCCAGUAUGGAGUGGUGUACCUGUGUGACAACUGGGGAGGACAUUACCCAUGUGCCCUGAAGUCUGUGAUUCCUCCUGACGAUAAACACUGGAACGACUUGGCUUUAGAGUUUCACUACACCAGGACUCUGCCCAAGCAUGAGCGGCUGGUCGACCUGCACGGCUCAGUGAUCGAUCACACCUACGGAGACGGCUCCAGCAUCGCCGUGCUGCUCAUCAUGGAGCGACUUCACAGAGAUCUCUACACCGGAUUAAAGGCUGGUUUGUCGCUCAGAGAGAGGCUGCAGAUCGCCCUGGAUGUGGUGGAGGGGAUCCGGUUCCUGCACAGCCAGGGCCUCGUACACAGAGACAUCAAACUAAAAAAUGUUCUGUUGGACAAACAGAAUCGUGCAAAGAUCACUGAUCUGGGUUUUUGCAAACCAGAGGCCAUGAUGUCUGGCAGCAUCGUUGGGACUCCCAUCCACAUGGCUCCAGAGCUCUUCACAGGAAAGUACGAUAACUCAGUGGACGUGUACGCCUUCGGGAUCUUGUUCUGGUAUCUCUGCACUGGUUCAGUGAAACUCCCAGAAGCCUUUGAGAAAUGCUCCAGUAAGGACCAUCUGUGGAACAACGUCAAGAAAGGCUCCAGACCGGAGCGGGUUCCCACUUUCGACGAGGAGUGCUGGCAGCUGAUGGAGGCUUGCUGGAACGGGGACCCUUCCCUCAGACCGCUGCUCGGCAUCGUGCAGCCCAGCCUGCAAAGCAUCAUGCAUCGACUCUGCAACUGCAGCUCGGAGCAGAAGAGCAGCAGCCUGGAGGACUCAAACUGAAAACACUCCAGACAGAAACUGAUUUUUGUUGUAUUUAUGAGAAGCAGAGCUGAACGGACCAAUGAAAACUCACCUCACCGGUGGUGGAUUUGCAUUAUUUAUGAGGAGCUGAUGGAAACCAAGAGUAUGCAAACGUGUGUUUUAUUGUUCGUGCUUUUCGUGUAUUUGUAUACAAACUCCACACUAUGCUUUUCUCAUUGUAGCUACAGUGCUAAUUGCUACUUAAACGUUGAAAUGCUACUAGAUGCAUAUUGUUUUAAAAAGUAGUUUGUUCCCAGUAUUACAAAAAAUAUGUGUAAGAUUAAUUUUAGAUUGUAUUUAAACUGUCUGCAUCUAUUCAAAAACAUCUUUUUUUAAAUAAAACGAGCUGUUACAA